CAAAGUUCACAUGACUGUCGAGUCAACUACAUCACUGGGUCCAUCGUAAAGAUUCACCUCCAGUCUCGGUGUGAACGCUUUACCCGGAACAUUCGCGAAAGUUGUUGGUGCGUGCAAUUUUGUUUCUUCGAAGCUCAUUCGUUCGUCUUAAAACAUUACGUCGAUAAAUAAAAGAAAAUCAUAAAAGUAAAGAAACGAAGGACAAACGAACGAAGCAAAAAAAAAUUCAAAAAGAAAAUUUUAUUUAAUUUAAAAAAAAAAAAAAAAAAAAAAAAAGAAAAAAAAAAGAAAUUCAAUCCAACGAGUAUUCUCUCGAUUGAUAUCGUAAUACGUCGUUAUCAAAUCCAACGUCAAUAUCCGUUUAUAAUUCAUUUUCUACGAUCGCAGAACAUCGUUCUAAGAUCUUUUUAUAUGAAAGAAUAUAUAAAUUAAUUAUCGAUAUGUUCAAGUAAUUUAUUGAUCUAGAUCGAUGUAUAAUCGAGAUCAUAUCGAAAUCAAUAAAAGAAGGUGUUUUUCGACAAUGCCAGGUCGUUAUCCUUCUUGAUCUUUGAAUUCAUGAGAAGAAAGAGAGAGAGAGAGAAAAAGAGAGAGAGAGAGAGAGAGAGAGAGAGGUGUGUGUGUGUAUGUGUGAUUAAAAUCAGUUGAUCCAACUGACGUUUAACCAUCCAGAGAAGAUCUAACAGAAAGAGUGACAGACAGAGAGAAAAAGAGAGAAAGAAAUAGAGAUAGAGAAAGAGAUAAAAAGAGAAAAAGAAAGAGAGAAAGGAGAAAGAGAUAAUAGAAAGAAGAAAAACAAACAAAGGAAAAGAUGCAGUUGGUCAUUAUGUUUACAAUUCCCAUACUCAUUCUACUUUAUAUUCCUAAGUUCUCGGCCGAUACUACCUGGCCAAAGGUCAUCGAUCCCUUAAUGACAGUACGAAGAUCUUAUCAUUCGCAAUUCCCAACAUCGACUACCAGUACGGUGGAUGAGAAGGAAUGUGUCGAAUGUAAUCAAAACAAGGUCGUUGUCAACGAUCAAAAUCCUAUACUAACUGAAUUGAGGGUUGAGUACGUUAAGCAACAGAUCCUAAAGAAAUUGAGGCUCUCAAAGCCUCCGAAUGUGUCGAUAUCGCUGUCGACCUUGCCGAAGCCUUUGAUAAACGGCAACGUGCUCGAACUUCGACCCGGCGCGCCACUUGAACCGGAAAAAUCGGCUGAGAGUUUCUAUGGUAAAACCGAUCAAAUCGUCGUUUUUCCGUACGAAGGGAUAGGAGAUUCGAAGAAAUGCCGACAAAGUUCGAAUCACUUGACGGGUUUCAAUCCAGCAGCUUGCUUUACGUUUUAUUUGCCAAACGAAAUGCAAUUCGUCGAUGUAACUUCGGCACAACUUUGGUUUUAUAAGGAAUAUGACGAGAACGACGAUCUCAAUCAAACUUUUGUAUUAUCGGAAUUGGAUCAUUGGGACAAAGGCGAAAGUUUCGAAAAGAACACAAUGAUGGCAAUUUUAGAUACCGAUAUAGGAGAGGGUUGGGUAAAGACGGACGUGGGUUUUACGGUGAGAAAGUGGGUGGAAAGGCAUCAACUGAACCACGCGAUGCAAAUAGCCUGCAGCACCUGCUCGAUCGACCGUGACACAGCACCGGUCUCCAUCGAGCAAACACUGAAGCCCUUCUUGGUAAUACAUACGUCACCGUUGCCACAAAAAAAUCGGCCAAAAAGGAACUCCAAUUGCUCACCGGAAAUGAAGGAAUGUUGUAGAGACGAACUCUACAUUAACUUUGCAGACAUUGGCUGGAGCGAUUGGAUACUCCAUCCUAGAGGUUAUCAUGCAUACUUUUGCAGAGGAUCAUGUUCAAGUGCGGCAACCUUGACGAUCAGUGCAACAUCUCACACCAACGUUAUCAUGAAAUGGAAGACAAUACAUCGUAGAAACGAGAUCGUCCCGUGUUGUUCACCAACUCAACUAUCAGCUAUACAACUUCUAUAUGUCCACACUAACAACACGAUACAGCAGAAAACCUUACCGAAUAUGGUGGUCGAGGCUUGUGGUUGUAUGUGACCAUCACUAUUUCAACAAAAUGAAAGCAAAGAAAUGUAAUAGAAGAAUAUGAAGAAAUAAAAGAAAAAUAGGAAGAAGAAGAAGAAGAAGAAGAAAAA